GGACAGACAAAGGGUGGAUUGCACGGGAGGCAUGGCAGGGAAAAGCCUGAACCUUCCGAGUGACUGUCGGAAAGAAAGAUACACGUACCGUAUCCACGGCUGAAAAGGGACCAAUCGUGUCAGCUUCUGCUGCAGUCAAAACAGGACAGACAUGAUGUAUCCUCCAUACUGGUAUCCGCUUCGAGGUAGCUGCACUUGGCCACAGUUUAUCCAGAAGAGGAAGAGGCACGCAAGUCAACGUUCUGCUUGAUAUGGAGUCAGUUGAUGUAGUUGGAGGGGUGCCGUCACUCGAAGAACCGACCCCAAUUCGCGCCGACAGGAAAGAAGGUUUGUUUGUCUUGAGGCCGAAAGAUCAGCUGCUGGGCAUAACCGUGCGCGAUGGUAUCAAUCGAGACGACUUUCGAUAUCAAGAGAGAGUUCGAGACGCUCCAUUUCGAAUUGGAACUCUGGUGUGGUACGUGGCGAACGGCGUCAAAUCCCGCUUCGAUUGGUAUAUUCCCACCACAAUCUUGGACUACAAUGUCGACGACCAUGGCCAAGUCACCAGCUACGUUUUAGACAUACCGUCCGUGCGAGAUCCCCGCACUGGACAAAUUGUCAGAUUACUCAACGCCCUCAAUGGCACGGAGCAUAUCAUUCAAGAAUUUGAGAAGGCAUCCCCAGCCUUCCUGCUGGGGAGAUGGGAUAUGCGGAUCCCCUCGCGCCCACUUCUCUUGGAGGGAAAACGCAUCUCUCGUCGCGAUCAGGUAGCAGAGUGCGAUGUUGUUCUUCAAGAUGGAAAAGAUCCAAUCCUGUGGGGAAUUAGCUACCAGCAACUUGCCCAGAUUGCCGAACAUCCCAAGUUUCGAAGAGGACAAUCGAAAAGGAUCAACGGAAAGUGGACAGGUGGCGGCAUGACUAUGUAUGAAGUAGUGGAGGAAAUCAUAAAACCAGCAACAGCAGGGAGAGGCGUGGGUUAUGCUCUGUACUUGAACCGCAAGCGUCCUUUACGGGCCAAUUUCAUGAUUUCUCACGCUUGGGGAGAAGAUUACGAGCAUUUCCUGAAGGCGCUAGGGCAACUGGGUUCGCAAGGACCGUUCUGGAUAUGUGCCACUGCGAUCUACCAGAAUGAUGAUAUCGAAAGCAUGACAAUCGAAAAGCAACUUGGAUCAAAACCUCAGAAUGGUCCAUUUGCAACUGUGAUCCGGGAGACAUCAAGGAUGAUUGUUGUCUCGACCCCACAAUGUGAAAUCUACUGCCGCCUUUGGUGUGUGUACGAAAUCUUUUGCGCCGUUGCGGUCAACGCUGCCAUAGAGCUGCUGUACUUCUCAGCAACAUCCGGGAUAUCAUCACCGGUGGGAAGCCUCGGCAAGGCUUUCUACAGCAACGGGCUGGAGAUGGCAAAUGUCGUCAUCGAAACCAGCCAAGCGGAGCGCGGAAAAGUUUGAGAUCAUGCAAUGAUCUGCUCUGAGAUUCUCUGCCAAGAUAGGGGAUUUGGUCUGCUUGUCGAUGUGGUCAUGUGGGUUCGUGUCAUGGCUCUCAUUACCCAAGUGAAAAAGAACAUUGGCAUGUUUCGGGAUUCAACCACGGGAACUCCAAUCGGUGUCAGCACAGAAACUUGUGCUGCUGCUCGUAUCGAUGCAGCCAUUGCACUCAUGAUGAAAGCUUGGUCCACGAAAAAGACAUCCGAAAGUCCCAGCAACCCUGUUUUCAAGCGUUCUGCUUCAAAAGGGCAUCAUGCCCCCACAGACAACUCAACAAAACGAUUUGCAGGAAGCAAUGAAGUCAAAUCAAUGGGCGGAAUGCUUGCGCUUACAGAAGAACGCGAGACAAAAGUCCUUGUUGGAGAACCUUUCUAUGACAGUCCUUCAGAUGAUGAUUUUUUAAAUGCUAUUUUGGAUAAUAGCCUUCUCCAAAUGUUGGGAGAAACUGGCUUUCCCACCUUUUCACCCAUCCAGAGUCCUUUGCCACAAGUUGGCAACCUUGACACUGGUGGAAGCUUAGGGGGGGAAGCCAGCCAUUCAGUCUAUAGCUCAAAACCAUUCAAGGACGAAGUCUUCCGGGGAGACCGGAGCCCAGUGUCUACCAAGGAGCAAGAAUCCUCAAGAAGAUCCACCAGGGGUUCACGUCACUUGGAUUUCCUCAACUUACCAGAGUUGACUGACUGAAAAGGCCAUGAAAUAUGUCUGUGCACGGCCGAUUAGCUCGCCGCUUCUGCUGUACCGGUAAGUCCUCAGUUACAUUUUGGAAUGAAGGCUUGUAAAAACCAUGCAGUUCAAUUAAUUGUGAGGGUGGCGAGCACUGGCGAGGUAACCCAAGCAAGAAUACUUUACUAAAUACUAGCUAGCUAGCUAGUAGUAAUGUGAGCAUUUUCCUAGACUUUGAGCAACAGCCGGAGGGAAAAGAUCAUUCGUUUGGUUCGCCGUUAGGUACUGGUACCG